UCCAAUGAAUUAGUGGAUUAUCUAAAGAAGAAGCUUGAUACCGUGGAUCAAAGCCUAUCUGACUUGGAAUGCAGUGUUAAGCAAUCGGCCAAGAAUUUGAUGGACUUGAAAGCCACUAAGAAUGCUUUGGAUCAGCACAAGGUAACAAAGCAUCUUUUCUUCCAAAGAAGUUCAAGAUGCCCCCACCCCUCCCCCUCCCUAAAUGUUAGGCGAAUUUUAUUUAGCUAUUUGAAAAAAGACCUUUUUUUGCAGAUAUGAUUGCAAGCUACUAUAUACACGAAAUUAAAUGUCAUCUAUUUCUCCUUUUAAUAACACCUGCAUCGUCCAAUUUCGCAGUUACCAUGCGAGAUAUUUUGCAACUUAUUUGUCCAAAUAAAGCUUGGCACCUGUAUUUUGCGCGAAAAAGCACACAAAUCAUGUGUUUUUCACCGAUAUUUCUAGAAAGGUCGCUGGUUGUCGUUAGUAAUAAAUCCAUUUGAUAGUUUACAGACUAAUGUGUUCUGUGCCCCUUCGCUAUAAAUGUCGCUAAGGCAGCAUUCAAAGUUCGUACCCGGGCACAUUGCACUAAUGUGAACACAACCUUUCUUGAAGUACCUACGGUAGAAUUCGGGCACGGUGCCGGUGCCUAAGUUAAGAUUGAGCCCUUGUACCCAGGCGAAAAAGUGAACACCGGUAACUUGUAAGCACACUGUUUUUGUACUUUUGAGGCAGUUUACUGCUUUGUUCUCGCUACUAAGAUUCAAAUCCAAAAUGGCGUCUGACUUGAAUUAACUAUGUACACAGUAACAUAUCGGGUACUCAUGGUGUGAACACAACACCAUUUUGUACCUGUACCCAGACACUGGUUUCCGAAAACACAAAGACUAGACAGCCCCAUAGAAGCUGGUUAAUUUUCUUUUUGUCUGAUUCGUAUCUCAGGAGAUACUUAGCCAUUUUACGUCAGUAGAAUCUGACACAUAUGAUGUUCUGGAGGAAGGAAAGCAGUUGAUAAAAGACACACGCUUUGACAGAGCACAUGGGGAAUACUUUUAUGAUAGAAUUGAAGUAACAGUCAUAAGGAUAACAACUAUUAAGGAAGAUAUUAACAGAGAGCAUCAAAGGUAUGCCCUAUGUUCACUGCUUCCUAAGAGCCAAAUUUGUAUCACACGUGUUAUAACCAUCUGUGAUAAUACCAUCGUCGUUCCGUAGAAAUGAGUCCAAUACUUUUUUGUUGUAAAAUAUGACUUUUCUUCUUGCAGAUGGCACUUAACUAGGAUAUUAAAAAAAUAAAACAAUUUUUGCCCUCCUGUUUUUCAGGUUGUUCGAUCUAUAUCUUAUUUCACUAAGACAACAGUUGGAACGGAUGAAUGAUUGGCUAUUGCGAGCUGAGUCUCGAAUAUCACUGGAUGAUGUGAUAGAACCAACCUAUAAGAGAGUGCAACAGCAAGUCUGGGAGCAUCAGGUACAUGCAUGUGUGAUUACUACAUAGGCGGUAAGGGAGAACAUGCAUGAUCGCAGGCCAUCAUAUAAUGCCCAAUUAAGACAAAGUACGUGAUAUUCACUCACUAAGUGACCCAAUUCUCAUGUACUUCAAAGUACAGUGGCUUGCUCACAACUCAGUUGUUUGAAAAUAAAGGAUACACUGGUCUUCGCAUUAUGUAGUGCAUAGCAGUGAAACGUUUACUUUCACUAGGAUUAAUUGAAUUAGUAACAGUAACAUAUCCCAUUGUCAUUUGAGACUCUUGCUAUUAAAUAUUUAAAGUAUCUCUAAUCAAAAUCUCUCUGAUAUUAAUAUAACUGUCUGUAAUAUUAAACUCACCAGUACAUUUCUAUAAACCUGUAGAGUGUAAUAGAUUUGUUUGCAGAGCUCCAGUUGUGGGGUCAAUUCUCUUAGGAAAAGGACGCCGUUGAAACAGGCGAAGCUUCGCCGUCUUGGAGGUGUCUGUCCCAAAAAAAGGCAAGGAAAUGAUUGAAGAUCAGCCGGGGGCCAAUUUUACAAUUGUUCCGUGCGUGCCCAUACCAGGAAGCUCUCGGUCUUUUAAAGUUGUCCGUUAAUAUGGAAUUGACUGUGUCUUGACGUUAUAUUAUUAUAAGUUGGCUAUAAAAAAGCUGCACGAAUUUCGUGUUUCUCCACUGCUGUUCUGUAGGUUUUUCAAGAAGAACUGUCAAAUUACUCGAUGGCAAACGUGAUACUGGAUAUGGACUUGGAACACCCAGCUUUGGAUGAAAACAUAAGGGACUGGGUCAAGGUAUUUUCAACAUUGUAUUGUUGGACAUUGUAUUGUUGGAGCACACCCUCUCCCCCCACCCCUUCCCUGGAGGGCACUCUCUAUUGUGCCUAUACGGGAAGGAUCCGCCCGAAAGAAGUACCUUUUUCUGGCCUCAGGUAUUUUAGAGGAUUCAUUAGUAUAAGGGAAGGGAAUUUUGUAAAUUUGGUCUAUAAAGAACACCCAGCUUUGGAUGAAACCAUAAGGAACUGGGUCAGGGUAUUUUCAACAUUAAAAAGCUGUAUUGUUGCACCUCAUCCCAAUAUAGUGGCCUAUACGGGAAAGCUCUGCCCUAAAGGACUACCUUUUCCAGGCUUCAGGAAUAUGAGAGGGUUGUUUAGUAUAAGGGAAGGGAAUUUUGUAAAUUUGGUCUAUAUAAAGGAAUAACAUAUGCAUUUUACGGCUGUAAAUAACUCGAGUCUAGUCAUAUCUUAAAGAGAGUAAAUUUACAGCGAUUAAAAGGGAUGCAAAGUUCUUAAAACAAGGUAUGUGAAAGGAGUAUUAUUGAACAAUAAGUCGCCGAAGGCUACGUGAAUAUCGGCGAAUAGUCACCUAACGGUGAAAAGUCACCUAUCGGCAAAUAGUCACCUCGACUUCGCCUAGGUGACUAUUCGCCCAUUUUCACGUCGCCUGAGGCGACUAAUUGUUUUAGUAUAAAUACAUUGAUGAUUAUUCGAGAAAAUAAAAUUAUUCAUCAAUUUCUGACUCCAAAACAUCAACAAAUCUUCCUGCCAUUUUGAAAACUGCCAGCCUUCAAUGUUAUAAUCACCGCGAGGUGAUUAUAGCAGGAUAAAGCAAACCUCCUAGCCAAUCACAGCGCUCUAUUUUCGAUUAUCAUCAAUGUAAUUAUACUAAUUGUCAAUAGAAGGUAUAAAUACGAAAGGGAUACCCUUUCUGCCAAAAAUGAAGUAUCAAAGAGUAAGGGGUUGGACCUCGGGGCGGAGCCCCCUCUCAUAAAACUAUUUCACCGGCAGGUUUAUAACUAGAAGGAAACUUUCCAUUCUUUUGCGGCCAUACAGGUAUUAAGCGAGCGUUGGGCGGUUGUGUGGAACUGGGCGGAAGAGUGGAAGGAGAAGCUUAACCAGGCUCUAACUGACUGGCAAAAUUUACGUGUAGAAGAAGCUGCCUUGCUUUCCUGGCUUUCAAGUAAAGAACAAACCUUUGAUUUGAUUGGAGAAACAGAUAUUACCAACGAAGAACAAGUUACGAUGAAUUUAAAUCUGCUCGAGGUAAGAACAUCUCGUUUCAGUUAUCAGUAAUUUAUAUCGAUUCUCGACCCUUCACAUGAAAAACCCAAAGAAACGGUGAUAAUUUCAUGCCUUUGAUGCUUAUUAAUUCCUAAGGUCAUUUUUCUUUUCGUGUCCUCUUCUUGUGGCAGAGUGAAAUACUCUUCGUUUAAAGAACCAAGAACUGAUUGAAGAAAUGUUUAUGUCUUUAAAAAAACUUGGAUGAUUUUACAACUGGGGUGACCAUCAAAAACGUUUAAUGAAAGCAUGUUAUUUGUGGAAUAAAAACGAAGUCGAAUGCCUUUGUUCACGCCAUUAUAAAUAACAAGAAAAUAAUGUUACAAUCUAUAAAAAGUGGUUCUACUCUUAAAAAGAUGUUGCCAGUUUUCAAAAACGAUUAUCAACAAUCCUUAAAUAUAUUUCAUUUUCGUCAGUAAGAACAGGUUUCCAAAGCACCAGGUUAUAAAAAUAUCGGUAUAAACAAUUGUGAAAAAUUUUAAGUGCGACAGAACAGUCUCGCCCUAUUUAGGGUUCACUUAACUAACAUAAGAAAUCGGUGCGUCUAAUGUGUCCCUCUUCACUUUGUCUCUCAGACAGUGGAAAAAGAAAUGGAAAGCCGACAAGAGGAACGAUUAGACUCACUGCGUGAGAAUGGAGAAAAGCUGAUCAAAGACGCUGAGUACCAUGAUGCGACAGCUAAGGGGAUCCGUGACCAGGCGAAUGACUUCGGCACUUGCUGGAAGGACAUCACUGAAUCGAUUAAGGAAAGGAAAGCAAUGGUAAGUGAUGUGAUUGGCCAUUAUAAAGUAACCGCGGAAUUAUCCUUUUUGUAAUGCACGUCAUCAUCAUCAUCGUUAUCAUCAUCAUCAUUAUCAUCAUCAUAAAGUCGAUCUGGAUCUGCCUUUAAUUUUUACGAACAUCCUUCACCUUUUGUUAUCCAACUGACAGUCGAUGAAUGUUUUUACUACCGUGUGGCACGAAACUUUUUGCGGAAGUUUAUUUUUGAGGAUUGGCGAUUGACGUGAUUUUUUUGUAUUUUUCAGGAACUAAUUUUUGCGUUUAGCACAGAUUGGUUUUUCUUACUGGGGACUGAUUUUUUUGCAAAAGAAAGAAAGAAAGUCCCGGACAAAUCAUUGAUAAUAUUUUCGUCCGUUUUUUUUUUGAGUACGUGCAAUGGAAAUACAUAGUUUAAAACAACACUACGUUUUGCGUACCCUGUGUAAAACGAAUAAAAUAGGUUACUUUUCUUUGUCAUUCGAUUACAAAAACGAACUUCUUUAUUUGUACUGUAUUUUUGUGUAGCGAAUUUAAGUUCGAGAAUAUUUACUAUGAAGUAAAUUUUUGCGGGAAAAAUGUAUACAGUAUUUAUUAUUAUUUAUUUUUUUGCCCGACCUUUUUUUUUGCGGAUCGCUGGAAAAAUCGCACACAGUAGUCUGAUUUAUGCUUCUACCUGAUUUAACGGUUAAACAGAAAAUAAUUUAAAUGGUCGGGUUGUAGCCAUGUAGCAAUAGCCGGUCAACCUCCACUGCUCAAACGACCGUAAAAUAACGUUCUGAUCCCCUGUUUCAAAAUGAUUUCUUUUAAGCAUUUAAGAUUUCGUCCAGAACAAUACUGUAUUGAGGUUAAGCGAGGCAUUAAGGAUUGGUUUUCAUACAUAGUAUAUAAUAUAAGUCGAAAGCUUAACCUCGGAACUAUGACUAGAUUGCUGUUCGUGAAUUUUUGUUUGUUUGUUCGUUUCUUUUGAUGUUGUCGUUUUGUUCGUUGUUGUUGAAUUGAAACCACAGUGGGUCCACACAAUCUGUUUGUGUAACCGAUUUUUACUCUAUAGUAAAUGUAUUGUAUUUACCGUUUGCUUCCUCUAUUACCAUAUCUUGCUAGACAUGUAUAUCGGUCAAUGUUAAAUAAAUGUUGCAUUGCCUUACCUUCGGUAUAUUGUCGCACUUUUCACUCAAAAAAGUUAUUUCGAGCGAUUUGGAAGGAUUUUGAGUUAGCCGUUUACUGUUCCUCUGAGGCAAAAGGACGACAAUAUACCGCAGGUAAGGUAAUAUAACGUUUAUUUAACAUUGACCUAUAUACAUAUUUAGUGGUAUACCGAUAUAGUCGAAGCAAACGGAAAAUCCCUUACAUUUACUAUAAAGUUACAAUCGGUUACACAAACAGGUUGUGUGGGAGCCCUGUGUUGAGACAUGGACUGUUUUUGUAUUCUAGCUUCUGGAAGCCCAAAACAAGGUGAAAAGAAUGGGAAUUUUAAUGAAGGAAGUCAGAACUUGGUUGGACGAGGCAGAAAAAUUCAUCAAGCUCGCUAGUUUGCAAAAGGAUCCACAAAAAGAAACCGAGAUACGAGAAAAGAUCGAGGUCAGAAUAAAGUGCUAUAAAAUAAGCUGACAUUAUUUUCAGUUACAGAUUACAACUGCAUCCAGUUUUUGCGUUAAGGUAGAAUAACGCAACCAAAAACUAAUUCAUAAUUCGUAAAGAAAAAAAUCAACAGAAAUUCAUGUUUAAUGAGUGUCUUUAUCUGAUAAAGACACGGCUAAACUUUACGUCCAACGUUUUAGACCAAAAUAACCCCAAAUCUAAAUAUUAAUGUUAGAAUGAGUUGAUCUUUAUUACAGACAUUUUGAAGCCGUUCAAUAAACUCGCAGUCGUGUAUUAUCAGAUUUAAAAACACUCGGCUGCGCCUCAAAUUUUUAAACCUGACUAUACACCCCUGCUCGUUUUUGAAACAGUACUUGAAAACAGCAAUACCCUUACCAGGGGUAUAAAUCCUUGCUUUUGGUGGAUUUGCACGUGGCUAAUCUAGCUAGAACAGGGACUCCAGCUGAAUAGCCACAAAAAACAAAACAAAUAAAAAAUAACAUAUUAUCUGAAGUUAACCCUUCAUGAAAUUAACGCGGAUUUCAUUUAAGUUGUGUUAAUUUCUUGAAACGUUAACUUCCGCGCCUUUAAUUAAGUGGAGAGUAAUUCCCGCGACCCUUUAUUUUCAUUAUUUUGGAUACACUUCUGACAUUCUUGACACCUAGAGUACUCUAGAGUAUUCUAUCAGGGUGGAGAUGAACCAGUAAAAGUGAAACUUUGAGGAACCCUUAAAAUGGCCAGAUUUAAUCCCUUGACCCCCUUCGUACGUUUAAGAAAUUACCACGAACAAAAUUUCCAUUUCAAAUUUUACUUUUAACUUUGUUUUGUCUUGUCUCGAAGUUUUGUUUGUUCGAGAGCGUUGGUUAAUUUUGCGUUUUUUUUUUGGGGGGGGGGGCGGGGGUUGGGUUUACCCUCCCUUUCGCAUUAAAUUCUUUAUAUGAAAGUCGUUUUCCACUAGAUUCGCCUUAAUUCAAGUCGCGUUAGUUUCCAAGAACUUAAGUUCAUGGAGCGUUCAUUUCCUAUAAUGAGGUAUAAGGUCUACCUAGACUGCUCCGCAGACGAAACUGAACUUCUGGUUAAGUCUGUCUGCGAAAUAGCGCCAAAAUCCUCGUUCUGGGCCUCCACCCAAAUACCAUCAUUUGAGUACCCGCCAUGACUGGCCUGUUAAAAAUCUUGUUGUCGAUUUGUCGCUCAAGGAAAUUUGAAACGCAUUUGCGGUAAUUCGUUGAGUCCGAAUAGGCUCUGCUUCGAGUACGUUACUAACCGAAGUUGGAUUACGUUUGGGACGAAGGCUAGGUACACCAUAUGUGAACAUUCUUUGAUCUAUUAUUUAAAAUAGCUUUUUUAGUUGCUCAUUUCCUUUAUUAAUACCGCAAAUACUUUUUUUAUUAUCAUCUCUGCAGAUUAAAUGCGAAGAAAGAGAACAAAAUCAGCCUAAAGUUGACGAAGUCAAAAGGCUGGAAGACUUGCUUAGCAGUGAAAUCGACAAAAAGUCAAAUUAUUAUUUGCAAAGAGUCACCAAGCCGUUCUACAAGCGGUGGAAUGACGCUAGUAUGGCCCUUAACAGAUAUCGCAAUGUAGAGUACCCGUUUGUCAAACCCAACGAUUGCUCC